CUUGCCACUCACAUUAUUUUUAUCCAUCUAUUCACUAUAGUCCACUUUCCCUUCCACAAAUAUAUAAGCCCCACUUUUCAUAUACUGAUAUACCACAUCUCUAAGCCCUGGUGAAAACAUGAUAUUCAGUAACAUGUUGUCUUUUGACUGAUGUCACCCAUCUGUUCACUGUCCUCUGAUAUCUACAUCUCAUUUGUUGCUAGAUAAAAUAUGAUGACUGUGUUUUUUCCUUCCACCUGUCUCAUGACAGGGUCAUGACCUACUUGCCCAAGUAACUGAAGAUGAUUCAUAGAUCACUCAAGAACCCAACUAAUGUCUAAUUCAUAUUCGUGACUUACAAACUAAUGAAACUCCUUUAAAACAGGUUUCCAAAGUACGCCUUUGGUUUUCCUUACAAUCUAACCUUUAAGGUUUUUCUUCUCCCCUUGUUCAUCUGAUGCACAGCACCCAACUAUCUAACACUGGCACUUCUGUGUCAGAAAAUAAAUGGAAGCAGCACUAGAAUUGUAUGAUUCUAUUGCCAAUGAAGUAUAAAUUUAUAUUCUUGUCACUCUUUCUGUUGUACAAAUGCAUGGCAUAUUUUAGAAUUCAGUGACCUUCAAUGAUGUGCAUGUGAAAUUCAGCCAAGAAGAGUGGGCUUUGCUGGAACCCUCACAGAAACAACUCUACAAAGAUGUUAUGCUAGAGACCUGUAAAAACCUCACUGCAAUAGGCUACAAUUGGGAAGACCAUGCCCUUGAAGAACAUUUUCAAAGUUCUACAAGUAAUAAAAGGCAUGAAUACAGUCAUACUGGAGAGAAACCCUUUAAAUGCACUCUAUGUGGUAAAGCCUUCCCCUAUAUCACUGUUCUCAUACGGCAUAAAAAAACACACACAGGAGAGAAGUCUUACAAAUGUAAUCAAUGUGAUAAAGCCUUUGCAAAAAAAAAAGUCAUCUCAUGGCAUAAAAUAACACACUGGAGAGAAACCUUAUGAAUGUAACCAGUGUGGUAAAGCCUUUGCAAAAAACAAUACUCUCAUAUGGAAUAAAAGAGCACACACUGGAGAGAAAUCUUAUGAAUGUAACCAGUGUGGUAAAGCCUUUGCAGAAAACAGUAAUCUCUUAAACCAUAAAAGAACACAUAUUGGAGAGAAACCUUAUGAAUGCAACCAGUGUGGUAAAGCCUUUGCAAAAAACAAUACUCUCAUAUGGCAUAAAAGAACACACACUGGAGAGAAACCUCAUGAAUGUAACCAGUGCGGUUAGGCCUUUGCACAAAACACUCAUGUCAUAAGACAUAAAAGAACACACCCUGGAGAGAAACCUUAUGAAUGUAACCAGUGCAGUAAAGCCUUUGCAAAAAAAAAAAAGUCAUCUCAUAAGCUAUAAAAGAA